CAGCAACACAGGACCCACUGGUCUCAUCAUCCCCCCGAAGCUCACAUCCGCGGACAGUGCCAUGGCUGAGCAGAAGAUCUUGCCCUUUUAUGGACACGGCAAGGGCCGAGACUACUGUGAGUUCAGCAACUUCUACUGGCAUGACGUGCCGUACACCUUUGUGAUGCCGGAGUACGCGCUUCAGAGCUGGACUCCCAAGGAGAUUCAGUGCCAGUUUAGCGAGAAGGCCAUCAUGGCUUUGAAAGCAUCCCUGUUUGAUGACCAAGAGACCUUUGGGCUCAUCGUCGAGUCCAUGUAUCCGGAUGAAGCCAAGGCCCUUGGGCGACAAGUGCAGAACUUCCAAGAGGACCUUUGGUCCAAGCAUCUGGAAGAGACUGCUUUCGAAGUGGUCUACCAGAAGUUCAAUUCCUCCAAGCGUUUGAGGGAGCUGCUCUUGAAGACCGGGAACAAGCUCAUUGUUGAGGCAGCUCCUACCGACCACAUUUGGGGGGUUGGCCUUGCCAAGAGUGACCCCAGGAUUUGGGACCCGACACAAUGGGACGGGAAGAACGUCUUAGGUCGUGCCCUGAUGCAGGCGCGUGAGAAGUUGCGAGAAGCUCCAGCGUCUCAGGCUGUGCCCAAGCCAGAGGCAAAGCGCGCGCGAAAGUCGCAGAAUGGAGAUGCAGAACAGCAGAUCUUGCCGUUCUAUUCGCAUCGCCCAAACCUACCGUUCUGUGAGUUCAGCAACUUCUACUGGCACGAUAUGCCGUACACCUUUGUGAUGCCGGAGUAUGCUCGCCAGCGCUGGACUCCCAAGGAGAUUCAGUGCCAGUUUAGCGAGAAGGCCAUCAUGGCAAUUAAAGCAUCCUUGUUUGAUGACCAAGAGACUUUUCGGCUCAUCGACAAGUCUACUUCUCCGGAUGACACCAAGGCCCUUGGACGCAAAGUGAAGAACUUCAAUACGGAUCUUUGGUCCAAGCACUUGGAACAGACCGCUUUCGAAGUGGUCUACCAGAAGUUCAACUCCUUCAAGCAUCUCAGGGAACUACUCUUGAAGACUGAGAAUAAACUCCUUGUCGAGGCAGCUCCAAAUGACCGCAUUUGGGGGGUUGGCCUUGCCAAGAGUGACCCCAAGAUUUGGAACCCGAAGCAGUGGAACGGGACAAACGUCUUGGGAAAUGCCCUGAUGCAGGCUCGGGAGAAGUUGCGAGAUCUUCCAGCUCAGCCUCAGGCAGAGCCGGAAGCUGGGACGGAGCCCAAACGUGCACGAUGGCGGAGGGGUGAUGCUGCUGAACCGAGCCAGGCGGCCACGGAAGUAGCACCAACCUCACUACCGGCGUCAGCAUUUGAUUGCUACGUCGUGUUGGACUUUGAAGCCACCUGCGACGCCUGCGAUAAGAUGCAGAUGAAUCCUCAGGAGAAGGAGAAAUUUUCGGCGAUGUUUGGCUCGCCAAAGGAAAUCAUCGAAUUCCCUCUGGUCUUGGUGGAUGCCAAGUCUUUAAAGCAGGUUGAUGAGUUCAGGACCUAUGUGCGUCCCACAUGCCAUCCCGUUCUCACGGAUUUCUGCAAGGAAUUGACUGGAAUCCAACAGGAGCAGGUGGCAGAUGCUCCCCUGUGGCCAGAUGCGCGAGCUAUGGCAGAGGCUUGGCUUGAAGAUCGCAUGCAGACCCUGGGGUACAAGAGGUACGUCUUUGCUACGUGCGGGGAUUGGGACCUCAAAACCAUGCUGCCUUCGCAGUGUGUGACCUCCAAGGAGGAAGUGCCCAUGGCCUUCCGCCGAUGGUUGAACGUCAAGAAACUCUAUGAGCAGUUCAGCGGUAAGCGGAAAGACAUGCUAGGUAUGUUGGAGGGCUUGGCACUGAAGCACGAGGGUCAUCAUCACAGCGGCCUUGAUGACUGUCGCAACAUUGCCAGGAUCUUGAUAGCUCUUGUGCAGCGUGGCAGUGUCAUCAAGGAAGACAUGCUGUCUGUGAGACAGGGUGGCUACGGUCAGUGAGGCUGAGACGGUACAGCACCUGCGACAGGGCAGCACUGUUUCUCAAAGCCAAGAGGCGGCUGAAGUUGUGACAAGCUUCUGAUUUUUUCA